AUGAUUCAAAAUCUUGCCGCAAUUGGAUAUGAUAAUAAUAAUAUGCACCUUGCUGCUUAUGAUUGGAGAUUAUCAUUUUACAAUCUUGAAAUCCGUGAUAAAUAUUUUUCCAAACUUAAGGCUAAUCUUGAACUUGCAAAGAAAAGCGAAGGAAGGAAAUCUGUAGUUGUUGGACAUUCAAUGGGAUCAUUGAUUGCUUUAUAUUUCUUUAAAUGGGUUGAAUCACCUUCCGGUGGUAAUGGUGGUCCAAAUUGGGUUAAUGAUAACAUCGAAGCAUUUGUUAAUAUUGCUGGACCUUUAUUAGGGUUACCCAAAGCUUUAUCUGCAUUACUUUCAGGUGAAAUGCGUGAUACAGUUGAAUUAGGUGCCUUUGGAAUUUAUUUAUUAGAAAAAUUUUUUUCUAAACGUGAACGUGCAGAUUUAUUUAGAACAUGGGGUGGACUUUCCUCAAUGCUACCAAAGGGUGGUGAGGCAAUUUGGGGAGUUAAAUUCUUACACAAGUAUACAAAUCCAAUAUUCAAUAAUAUGUUGGCAAGAAAUUAUAGUUAUGGAAUUUCAACAAAAAAGGAGGAACUUGAGCAGAAGGAUGACGACAAGGAUGAUGAUAAGGUGUUGAAACAUGCGAAAUGGACUAAUCCUUUAGAAUCUCAAUUACCAAAUGCACCAGAUAUGAAGAUUUAUUGUUUAUAUGGGUGGGGCAAAGAAACAGAACGAAGAUAUUAUUAUUCACACAAUGGAGGACUUGAUUUUAAUGAGGAUGGAAAUAAAUUGAAUUUGAAAGAAGAGAUUAAUGAAUUUUUUAAGAAUAUUUUCAUAGAUAGCACAAUGAAUUCUGAACGUGAUCCUCAUCUAAAGAGCGGUGUAUAUAAUGGGGAAGGGGAAUUUCAACAUGAAACCACAAGUUUUGAUUUACGUGGUGGAGCAAAAACAGCAGACCAUGUUGAUAUCAUGGGAAAUUAUGCACUCACGGAGGAUGUUUUACGUGUUGCAUCUGGUGACAAACUUGAGGAUAGAAUAUUUUCUAGAAUUUUAGAAUAUUCUGAAAAAGUUCAAAUUUAG